AUGUAAUAAUUAAGCGCUUAUGCCUUACUAUAAGAGUUUGAGAAGCAAAGAGACCUAGAAAUACUAUCGAUUAAGAACGAAUUCUAAAAAGUUUCAACCUAUAUACUUGAAGUGCAUGCUAACGAAUCCAAUAUGAACAAUUCAGCAUUACUUAAAAAUUCCUUUUUUUAAGAUCAUCUGUUGACUGAAAACUCAUUCCUCCAAAUUAUCAAUAAAGGGGUAGUAGACACCUAAAUUGCUACCAUGGGAUCUCCAUUAGCGCCGACAUUGAAUGAGCAUAAUUUAAAAAGUCAAGACGAUGUUUAUAAAUUCAUAGUCAGAAAAUUAGAUAACACUUUCAUUGUCCAAGAGAUCAGACACAAUUCUUUUACAGCUAGUGUAAGUUAUUGUGACAUCUUAAAAUCAUUUAUUAUUUCAUCCAGUGGAUAAACAAUUAUAUGUGAGGACAGGAAUGAUGUUUCUAAGUACAAUUAAAUAAAAGGGUUCGAAAGGGCUUGUAAAGUAGCUAUAUCAUUCUUUGAUGCUUAUCAUAAAAUGAAUCAUAAUCAGCAGAUCAAUUUUGCCAAUGAUCUAAUACAUAGAAGUCUAGUUGGAUGUAGAAACAAAUAAAAUAUUAUUGAAUGGUAUUCAAUAAUGGAACAUUACAAUUCUUAAAGGAUGUUACCACCAUAUGUAGUUAACAAUUUUUUGAAUCACUACAAUUUGGAAACUGCUAAAUCUUAUGAACAACAAACCACUCUAAAGAAUUUCCCAUAAAUAUAUGACUCAAUUUAUAACGAACUCAUAGAUUAAUACCAUGAUUAUUUUAAAGGAAAAACUAUUUAUUUUUGGAAAGAUGAUAAAUACUUAGGGAAUUGUUACAUUCCUUCCAAACAUUUCGAAGUUUUAAGAUAAAUCAAAAUCUACGUAAACAAUUAGAAUUCAAACUUUUUUGAGGAUAACCCUCCAAAAUUUCUCUCAUAAUAUAAUUUAAAUUAAUAAGAAUACAAGUUUUAUUUUAAAUGCAUAAAGCUGAUGUUUAGUAUUCCCUUUAAUGCAAGAGUUGACUAUAGUUUCAUUAAUUUGUCUACUACUGUUUUCAACUGUGUUCAUAAAAGGAUAACUAGAAUACCAAAAAGAUAAGAUUAUCAAUACACUCUUGCCUAGUGUUUGUAAACCAAAACUACUAUUGCAGUUUUGAUUCCAGUCGGUAUCAAUGGAAUGGGUUAUGGUAAGAUCUGUUAAACGAUAAUGGCAACUUAUGAAGGAGUUAAAAUAGUAAGUAAAAUUGAUCAGGUUAAUGAUAAUCAUCAACUUUAUUUGUUUGAUCAAGUAUGUUCUCUUAAAUAAUUGAAAUAAACUCAUGACUCAUUAAAGAAACUGCCAUAUGAGAUUAGAAGUAUUGCUCUAUAUCCAGAAUGCUCACAUGGCUAUUUAUCAGAAAAUCAAUUUAGAUUUCCAUUCUCUUUCAAAUUUAUUAUGUUUUGCUUAUUGUCUGUGUUGGAUCAUAGAGAUCAAGUAAAUCAAAUAAUAAAGUAAUUAAAAGAAUUUGAGAAUCAGAGACUUAAAAAUCUUCCAUCUGAUUAUUAAAUUGGUUGUCAUUACAUCCCAGAAUCAAAGGAGACUAAUGAUCUUUAUAGCGAGAUAGUGGAGUAGGAUUUCAAAGCAGCCUUUUCAUUCAAUAAUGAGUAAUUGAUAGAGAGUUUAUCCUUAUACAAAGACUCUGUAGGAAAUAUCUCUCAAACACACUUUUUGGAUCAAGCCAGGAAUAUAAUUAAUGUAGUUGAGGAGAAAGUUUAAAUUUGUUUAACGAGAAAGCCAUAAUAAUUGUAAAAUAAAACAAAUAAAAAAUAUAAUCGGGAAUAUGGAUUGUUUAUUUAAAAUCCGAAUUGGGAUGAUAUAGAUAAUUUCAUUUUGGAUGGUCUUGAGAUCAUUUUAAAGUAAUACCCAAAAGAUUCCAAUGUUAAUUUAAUGUAUCAAUAAUUAGAAACCUAAUUAUUUAAAAAAAGCAACCUAUAGACUUAUUUCAAAGAAAAUAAUCCUUACAUGUUAUCAAGAAAAACUGACAAAAAACACUGGCAUGCAUAAGUGGAAGUAGUAGUGAUCGUUGUUGAUGGAAUCGUAAUUUUAUAUCCAGAGGACUUAGGGUUAAAUCAAAUAUAAGAUAUUCCAAUUUAUUCUAGUAAGAUUGAAGUGACAAAAUCAAAUAGGAUUGCUAAAUUGGUAAAGCGGGAUGUGGAAAAGUUGUAUGACAAGAAAAUAAAGGAGGAAACGUUUUCUGAAUUGGAAAUAAAGAUCGACUAUUCAAUGUGGAAGGUAUUCUUGGUGAAAUUGAAGCCAAUCAAGAUUAAUUUAGUUGAGGAUUUAGUUGAUUGA